UGUAACAAAGAGUUCCGGCAUCUGGCUCAGCCCCACCCCCGAUGAUCAGCCAAUCCCCGGGAUGAGAGGCGUGGCCUGCUCGACUUCGGCACUUCCCCGGAAGCUGUGGAGGACCCCCCCCAGAGGAGUGCAGCUAUGGGCUCCGAGCCCCCCAACUUCUCGUGGGUGCUCCCGGGACGCCUGGCGGGGCUGGCACUGCCCCGGCUCCCCUCCCACUACCAGUUCCUGUGGACUCAGGGAGUGCGGCACCUGGUGUCCCUGACGGAGCGCUGGCCUCCCCACAGUGACACCUGCCCGGGCCUCACCGUGCACCGGCUCCGCAUCCCCGACUUCUGCCCGCCAGCGCCUGAGCAGAUCGACCGCUUCGUGCGCCUCGUGGACGAGGCUAACGCGCGGGGAGAGGCUGUGGGGGUACAUUGUGCCCUGGGCUUUGGGCGUACAGGCACCAUGCUGGCCUGCUAUCUGGUAAAGGAGAAAGGCCUGGCAGGGGGAGAAGCUGUGGCCGAGAUUCGGCGACUGCGACCAGGUUCCAUCGAGACCCAUGAACAAGAGAAAGCAGUUUUCCAGUUCUACCAACGAACCAAGUAGUGGAAGGUGUGGCACCACUCUUCCCCCAACCCAUAUGGUACAUGGACCUAAGGAUCCGGAGCCAGAAUCAGAGCCAGCCCAUGCUGUGGAAGAACAGAGGCCGGUCACAACAGCAACCAUACUCUAUCUGGAUUAGAAGAGAUACACCCCUGUUCCUAUCAGGCAGUGAGACAGGACCUGAAUGCAAGCCUUGCCGGUAUUGAUGGGUCUCUUUACAAACGCGUACAUGGGUAACAUUGUGUUUCCCUCAAUAAAAUGACUGAAACUUU